AAUUUUUUUUUUUUAGGUCUUCUAGAUACCUUCUUGAGCCUGGUUGCGGCCACCCACAGACACUUGUAAGGAGAGAAGUCAACCUGGCAGAGACACGCUGAAAUGAGAGAUUAGAGGCUAAGAGACAAGGAGUAAGAGCUGCAACCAGAAGACAAGGGAGAAGGCCCUGAAGACACUUCUACUGAGAGGUUUGCAAUGGCCUCUCUUGGUAUUCAACUUGUGGGCUACAUUCUAGGCCUUCUGGGGCUAUUGGGCACACUGGUUGCCAUGCUUCUCCCCAGCUGGCGAACGAGUUCUUAUGUCGGUGCCAGCAUUGUGACAGCAGUCGGCUUCUCCAAGGGCCUCUGGAUGGAGUGUGCCACACACAGCACAGGCAUCACCCAGUGUGACAUCUACAGCACGCUUCUAGGACUUCCGGCAGACAUCCAGGCUGCCCAGGCCAUGAUGGUGACAUCCAGUGCAAUCUCCUCACUGGCCUGCAUUAUCUCUGUGGUAGGCAUGAGGUGCACAGUCUUCUGCCAGGAAUCCCGAGCCAAAGACAGAGUGGCUGUAGUAGGUGGAGUCUUCUUCAUCCUUGGAGGCCUCCUGGGCUUUAUUCCUGUUGUGUGGAAUCUUCAUGGGAUCUUGAGGGACUUCUACUCCCCACUGGUGCCUGACAGCAUGAAAUUUGAAAUUGGAGAGGCUCUUUAUUUAGGCAUUAUUUCCUCCCUAUUUUCUCUGAUAGCUGGAAUCAUCCUCUGCUUUUCCUGCACAACCCAAGGAAAUCGUUCCAACUACUAUGAUGCCUACCAGGCCCAGCCUCUUGCCACUAGGAGCUCUCCAAGACCUGGCCAACCACCCAAAGUCAAGAGUGAGUUUAACUCCUACAGCCUGACAGGGUAUGUGUGAAGAACCAGGGGCCAGAGCUGGGGGGUGGCUGGAUCUGUAAAAACCAGUGGACAGCCCCACUAGGGCCACAGGUGAAGGACAUUGCCACUGGAUUGUCAGAAGGUGCUGCUGAGAAUAGACUGACUUUGGCCAUUGGAUUGGGUGAAGGCAGAAACAGGAGCUGGUGUGACAGCAUGCAGGUUGAAUGGCUAAGAAUGCUCACCAAGCUAGCCUUUCUAUUUCCCUCACCUUGUCCCCCCGCCCUGAGUCCUCAACCUUGAACUUCAAAUCCCUCUCCCCUAACUUUGGCCAGACCCCAGAGGCUCCUCUCUGCCUUUUGGUUUACCUGAGAAUACAUCCAAAAUCCAUCCAAAAGCCCACUAAUCACAUCCUACUGACUGAUCCUCUUUGUGGUCAACCUCCCUCUGGCUGAGGUUGGUUCUUAGCUCUUUGUUGGGGGAUGGGGAGGAGUGGUAGCUUUUGAUGGGCAUGACUCUAGCCUCCUAUCAAGUCUCCCUCCAAAGAAACUGAUUGGUCAGUAAUGUGUUCUGGAGUCUGCAUCCUAUUCUUAUGAUUUCACAGUGUCCAGACUGGUUUAUGUAUGAACAAUCAUAAAGCUAUCCUAUGAGAUUCAGGGAACAGAAAACAACUGGGCGCAGGAUGAGAGGAGGGAAAAGCAGCCUGGGACCAAAAGAAGGCCAAAGCUGUUUUCCAGAAUUUCCUCACACUUGUGGGUCAGGGAUGAAGCCCAUGGCUAGAGGAAAGGACAAGGAAAGAAGACACGGUGAAAGCUCAAGGCAGCAGCAGACUUUGACUCCAUUCACUGAGGAAGGUCCUCAGAAGCUGUGGUCCCAACUUUCACUGGAGCUCCUGCCUCCCUCUGAGGUACCUGACCUGAACUCUUCUCUAAACCACAGACUAAGGGCCCUAGACAAUGGUUUCCUUAGGAACAGUAAACCUGUUUUCCUAGAGAUGGCCCUUGACUGGAGCAUGACAACGUGGGAGCUGUGGGGGACUGAAGAAGAUACCACUUAUCAACGCUGGCCAAGAAUGUGAACUUUGGUUCUAAGAAACUGGGUGGACAUGUGUGGUGGCUCCGGUGGGUAUUUCUACUGUGCCAGAGAGAGGCACCCCCCUCCUUCCUCCAGGUAAUCUUCAAGUCUAAUGGAAAAUCAGCCCAAAGGCUGAGAUCAGGUGCCCUGGGGUCUACCCACAGAGCACUACAGAGUCUCUGAAAGACCAUAGCAACAGGUGGGCCUCCUGUCACUUUUUAUAUUCCCCCCAUCAUACUUCAGAAGAUAUUCUAGAGCUGCUAGAAGGCAUACAAAGGCUCCAGUAUGGAACAUUCAUGCUCAAAGUGAUGUAUCUAUGAUCUGAGUGACAGUUGAGCUGCUGCCUGGGAUUGCAGUUGAGGUGGGAGAGCAAAAUGUUUCCCAGCAGACAGUUAAUACCUCCAAGGUCUAAAAACACUCCAUUUCCCUUGGAGUGAGAGUGAGGGGGUCAUAAACCAAAGACAUUUUCCCUCACUGGCUUAGGCAUGAACAGCUUUGAAAAACUCCAAUAUACUCACCCCCUUAAACCACAGUGCCAACAGAAAGGACCCAUUAAUAGAAUCUAGCAUGCCUUUCAUAUUUCCACCUUCUCAUCUAUGUUCAAACUGUUCUCCUAAUCUGGAAGGCCCUCUCCCCUUAGCCAAGCCCUCCACAUGCUUAGAGGACUUGCUCAGCACUACUUCUCUCAUGGAGCCUUCUCUAACCACUCCAUCCCUUUCCUACCCUCCUUUCCACAACUCUCAAUGUAUAAAUAAUUUCUUGAUGCUUAUCAUUAAUAAUUUUUGAUUGACAGUUAUCUUUUCUGUGUGUGUACCUGAUCUCACAAGUGCGUUGUAAACUCUUGGAGAGCAGGGGCCUAUCUUAGACCUCUCUGUAUCUCCUAGACUAUUUGUAACAGUGCUGGGCACACAGUAGGUGAUCAAUAAACACUUGUUGAUUGAGUAAUUGU